UAAGACUUGCAAAAAAAAAAGGAUUUUUUUUUAUUUUUAAAGCUUAAAUGGCAGAUACAAUUGAAGCAGUAUUAGACGAUUUUCGUCAUGGACAUUUUGUACUUGUUAUGGAUAAUGAAGAUCGUGAAAAUGAAGCAGAUUUAGUUUUGGCUGCAGAGUUUAUGACUUCAGAAAAAAUGGCAUUUAUGGUUCGACAUACUACUGGAAUUAUAUGUGUUCCUUUGUCUCAACAGCGUUUAAAUGAAUUAAAUAUUCCUUUAAUGGUUGAAUCGAGUGAAAAUACAGAAAAUAUGGGAACAGCAUUUACUAUUCCGGUUGAUUUUAAAGAUACAUCAACUGGUGUUUCAGCUCAAGAUCGUGCAUUAACUGUUCGUAUGUUAGUAGAUCCUCAGAUCACAUCUCCUCAAAUGUUUCGAAAACCAGGACAUGUUUUCCCACUAAGGCCAAUGGAACGAGGAUUAUUAGAUCGGCAAGGACAUACAGAAGCAGCUAUAGAAUUAUGUAGAUUAAGUGGAGUAAAAAUGGGUGCUGCUAUUGGCGAACUAUUAAAAGAAGAUGGAUCAAUGGCACGUAAAGAAGAUUGUGAAAUAUUUUCAGAAAAAUAUAAGAUUAAAAUGAUUACAAUUUCUUCUUUAGUAGAAUAUAUAUCUAAUGGUUAUCACUAAUAUAGCCGUUGUCAAGGGUAACAAAAAUAGUGUUAAUAAUAAGAUG